UACCAAUAAUUUAUCCUAUUUAGCCAGGGGAAUUGUUUUUGGCUCUGGACCAGCAUGCAAAAAAAAAAAAAAAAAAAAUCCAGGCACUGAGCUUUGAUCUAAUUGAUUUAAAACUAUCCUACUGGAAGGUAAUAGAAGGAAAAACAGAGUAAGUCACUCAAUAUCUCCUUACAUCAAGACCAACUUUCAUUAGAUUUGAUUACAUCUUAACAAACCCAAUUUGAAAACAUAUACUUUAUAUAAAGUUGUUCCUAUUUAAGGAUCACUCACAGAACAGCUGGUUUCAGAAGCUUCUAUGUUUCAAGGAAAGGCCUCUCAACAGCAAGGCUUUCCUAGAGGUUUCAAGUAUCAAAGAAACUUGUUAAAAUCCUUAACAGGUAGAGAGAGAUGUAUGCUGAUGGCUAUUCCGAGAAGAAACCCUCACCUACCUUGACAUGUACCAUAUGCUUGCUCACAUCAUUUUAUGUAAACGGUAGGUUCAUUAAACAACUGGUGCUCGGUACCCCCCUCCAACCCAUGAUGAACACCUAUUUAAGCACAAUCACCUUUUUGGCUUUUCUCCAUGAUAAUUGAGUCACCUUCUUAGAGUUAAUUGCUUCAUACUCCAAACAAACUGCUCAACUAUGCUCUUCUGGACACUGUACUUCACCUUAAUCACUGCGAUCAUACUCCCUGUAACUCAAGCUCACGGAAAGCUCACCCCGGACUACUACAACGACGUGUGCCCACAAGCGCUGCCCACCAUCCGAGUCAUGGUGGAGACGGUCGUUGGGAUUCAGCCACGCAUGGGUGCGUCGCUGGUGCGGUUGCACUUCCAUGACUGCUUCGCCAAGGGUUGCGAUGGCUCGGUGUUGUUGGAUGACUCGCCAACUAUGGUCGGGGAGAAGACGGCGGCGCCGAACAACAAUUCUCUGCGAGGGUUUGAGCUGGUGGACGAGAUAAAAGCUACGUUGAACGUUGCGUGCUUCGGAAAUGUUGUUUCCUGUGCUGAUAUCUUGGCCAUCGCCGCCAGGGACUCGGUAGUAGCGCUAGGUGGAAGCUCCUACGAAGUGCUCCUCGGCCGGCAAGACUCGACCUGCGCUAGCAAAGCCGAGGCGAACUCCAACAUCCCGUCGCCGUUCUCCAACUUGACGGACAUGCUCUCCAAGUUCCAAGCCCACAACCUCUCCGCCGAGGACCUCGUCCUCCUCUCGGGGGCGCACACCCUCGGAUUCGCCAAGUGCAAGACCCUCCGCAACCGGAUCUACAACGAGACUUCCACCAUCGACCCCGACUUCGCCCGAUCCCUAAAGGCGAAGUGUCACCGGCCGGCGGGCGGCAGCGACGACGAGGAGCUGUCGCCGCUGGACGAAACCCCAGCAGCGUUCGACGCGGGGUACUACCAGAUGCUUACUCAGCGCAAGGGGAUGCUCCACACGGACCAGGAGCUGUUCAAGGGCGACGGGAGCGAGAUCGACCGGCUGGUGAAGAGGUACGCCGAGGACGCCGGGGCGUUCAAGGAGGGCUUCGGGGCGGCGAUGGUGAGGUUGGGGAGCAUCAAGCCGUUGACAGGGAGAGAGGGCGAGGUCCGCGAGAACUGCCGGGUGGUGAAUCGCCGAUGAUUUCUUCUUCUUCUUUCCUCUGUUUGGGGCUCAGUUUUCCCCCCUUCUCCUCCCCUCUGUUUUCUCAUUCAAAUCGCGGUCUAAUCGGACGGCUAGAAAAGAGUGUGGAGUUUUCAUGUGAUUGUAAAAAUCAUUAUUUAUAUGUAGUUUUUUAUGUUUCGAAUAAA